CCGGAACCGAACCGAGAUGUUAAGCAGCGUUUGAUUGGCUAUAACGAAAUAACAUUUGGAAUCAUUUUGAUAUUUAUGUUGUAAAAUUUUCAAGAUGGCAGCGCCCACAGUUUAUAGGAGUCUGACAAGAUUUCCUGUUUUACAUAAAUCAAUAUUGGCAGAGUGUCCAAAAACUUUUAUCAAUGUGCAGCCAUGUAGAUUCAAACAGAGCAUUGUUUUCAAGAAGAAGGAAGAAAGAAAAGCCGCUGGUUCUGGGCCGCAGGCACCCAUUGAGAAGAAGUUUCUACGUGACACUCCCCUCCACAGCGUCUACAUUGUGGAUGACUACCCCCCUCAGCCUUUCACCCUUGAGGAAUGCUUCACCAUGCACAAGGAGGCUGCUCAGCCCGCUAUGACAAACACACUCCACGCUCAAGUCUAUGCAGACAUACUGCUUGACAUGAGUACACUGAAAAAGACCAAGUUCAUGAAAAAUGUUAGAGGCUUGUUAGAUUUCCCCCACAAGUUUAUCCAUGGGCAGAAGAAAACCUACAUGAUUUUUAGUGAGGAUCAGAAAGAUGUAGAGUUAGCCAAGGCCAAGGGUGCACAGUAUGCAGGUGGUGAUGACAUAUUCAAUUAUAUUAAGCAAAACUUGAUACGGCGAGAGGACAUUGAGCAGUGUGACUUUGUGCUGUCAACCCCAACUAUGGCAGUGAAGUUAAUGGGCAUUAAACCAAUACUCCAAGAGAUGCUACCCUCAGUUAAAAAUGGAUGCGUGUUCAACAAUCUAGCAGAGACACUGGCCUUGUAUGAACAGAAUGUGAGGUUUAAGUCCAUUCGAGAAUCAGAUGCUGUUGGGCAUAUGCAGGUUCCAUUUGGCCAGUUAAAUCAAGAUCUACCGCAAAUCAAAGACAAUUUCAAGUAUUUGACCAAGUGCUUAAACGAUUUAAAACCAUCAGGUGGGUUUAUGAAAGAGUUAUAUGUGAUAGCCCCGCCAUCAGCUGAGCGCUUUAUGCUUACCAAAACUGAGCAUGCAGCUGAGAAGGCCAAGUCCAAAAAACAGCAGUCAAAACAAGAAACUGAAGAUGAUGAUGAAGAUGAGGAAGAGUGACCUGUUGGGUAUUGAUAUGACAGAAGUAUAUUUUGUAGCUAUAGUUGUGUAUUAAAAACUGUGUGUUACCAUGUAUAUAUCGUUUUCUUCUAAAGUUUGAAAACUAAUAAAGGAUAAUAACAAUUA